AUGCCAAAGGCUCUUAUCGGAAUUACAUCUUACAACGAACCCUACUUUCCUGAUGGAAAGAAAACCGGGUUCUUCGUUAAUGAAGGUCUCCAACCGUUCAAUGUAUUCAAGAAAAAUGGGUUCGAAGUGGAUUUUGUAUCUGAGACAGGGACUUUUGGUUUUGAUGAUAAUUCUACUAGUAACGACUUCUUAAGUGGUCAAGAUAGAGAAGACUUUGAAAAUCCAGAAUCUGACUUUAACCAGGCACUUAGUAGAAUCAAAAAAACUUCCGAUAUUGACGCCAAGGAUUACCUGAUUUUCUAUGGUUCUGCUGGUCAUGGUACUCUUUUUGAUUAUCCCAAUUCAAAACUACUGAAGGUUGCUACGGAGAUCUACAACAAUGGUGGUAUUUUCGCUACUGUGUGCCAUGGACCCAUCAUCUUUGAUAACUUGAUCAACCCAGAGACGGGCAAGUACCUUAUUGAGGGAAAGAAAAUCACUGGAUUCACGGCUAUUGGGGAAGAGAUUUUAGGAGUUGCUGAAAGAAUGGAGAAGGAUAACUCUCCAACAAUUGAAGAAGUAGCUAAAAAGUGUGGGGCUACUUACGUGGCUCCUCCAGGACCUUUUGAUGCCUUCUCUGUAGUUGAUGGUAGAAUCGUCACUGGUACCAAUCCAGCAUCAGCCACAGCAACCGCAGUGAAUGCUGUAAGGGCUCUUCAGGAUGUCUAA